UACAAACACGCACAUACCCUUCAAUUGCCCUUUGAAUGCUAUAAAGGUCAAUUUGGUCGGCAAUUCGCUACCGACUGCCAGUAAAAAUCGUUGCCGGUUUGUAGUAGGUCAGUCAGUAUUAUUACAUCUUAAUUAUUUAACAAUUUUGUUGAAGUACUUCACUACUUACUGCAAAAUGCCCAUCAAAAGUGUGUUCGCCCGUCAAAUUUUCGACUCACGAGGCAACCCCACCGUUGAAGUCGACUUGGUAACCGAUCUGGGACUCUUCCGUGCCGCAGUCCCAUCAGGUGCCAGUACCGGCGUACAUGAGGCAUUGGAACUUAGAGACAAUGACAAACAAAAGUACCACGGCAAAGGUGUACUAAAGGCAGUCGGUCACGUCAAUGAUAGCAUUGGACCUGCUCUUUUAAAGGAAUCAUUCGAAGUUACGCAACAGAGAGAGAUCGAUGACUUUAUGCUGAAGCUCGAUGGCACCGAAAACAAGUCAAAGUUCGGUGCUAAUGCGAUUUUGGGCGUAUCUUUGGCAGUCGCGAAAGCGGGUGCCGCUAAACGUGGCAUUCCUUUGUACAAACAUUUGGCUGAUCUCGCCGGCAACAGUAAUAUCAUUCUUCCUGUACCUGCCUUUAAUGUUAUUAAUGGCGGUUCCCAUGCUGGUAACAAGUUGGCAAUGCAGGAGUUCAUGAUUUUGCCAACCGGUGCACAAACCUUCUCUGAAGCAAUGAAGAUGGGUUCAGAAGUGUACCACCACUUGAAGUCGGUUAUUAAGAGCAAAUUCGGUUUGGACGCCACUGCUGUAGGAGAUGAAGGUGGUUUCGCUCCAAACAUUCAAAGCAACAAGGAAGCUUUAAACCUUAUUUCUGACGCAAUUGCCAAAGCAGGCUACACAGGUCGCAUUGAAAUUGGAAUGGAUGUGGCGGCGUCCGAAUUUUUCAAGGAUGGUAAAUACGAUCUCGAUUUCAAAAAUCCCCAAUCAGACAAAUCCUUGUGGUUGGCUGCGGAUAAACUUGAAGCGAUGUAUCAAGACUUCAUUAAGAACUUCCCAAUUGUAUCAAUUGAGGAUCCCUUCGAUCAAGAUGAUUGGAGUGCGUGGACCGCUAUGACAGGCAACACUUCCAUUCAGAUCGUUGGGGAUGAUCUUACUGUUACUAAUCCUAAGAGAAUUGCAACGGCUGUCGAAAAGAAAGCAUGCAACUGUUUACUUCUAAAGGUCAACCAAAUUGGAACAGUGAGCGAAUCUAUCGACGCUCACUUGCUAGCUAGAAAGAACGGAUGGGGUACCAUGGUCUCUCAUAGAUCUGGAGAAACUGAAGAUACGUUUAUUGCGGAUCUUGUAGUGGGACUGUCUACAGGUCAAAUAAAGACUGGUGCUCCAUGCCGUUCAGAAAGGUUGGCAAAGUACAACCAAAUUUUGCGCAUUGAAGAGGAAUUGGGUUCGGCAGCUAAGUAUGCAGGAAAACAUUUCCGCAAUCCCCACAAAAUGUAAAUUAUUAAAAAGUUACCUACUUUAAAGGUUCACUACGAAUGGUUGUUUCUGAGUCUAGUUCUGAAUUAUUAGAAGUAAAUGUGUGUUAUACUCCAACCAGUUAUGUAUGUUUAAAUAAAGUAAUUGCAUACUGUCUA